AUGCUUAGGUCCAUUUCACUAACUACUUCUAUCCUCACUGCUGGAUUGGUUGCUACACACAAUUGCUCUGUCAUUAGAAACGAGUCAUCAUCGAGACGGAAUUUUUAUGAAGACGACGCUGAAGUUGUCCCUAUUCCUGGAACUGUGGUUCCAGCACCAGCUUCUGAAGUCGAAUCAUUGGGUGAAAAUAGGCUUAUUGACGGUAUAUCGGUACGCACUACAAGCUCAAGUGAAACUUUCUUCAAAACGGCAAGAGAGUUUUCUGCAGCAAGAAUAUCUGAUUUAUCAAAUUGGGUGAACAAAAACUACACUAAAUUCAACGACACAGAAAGAUUUGUCACAUCCACCGUUAGCGAAUUGCAUUAUAAAAAGGAGGACCUUUUGCCUAAUGGAAUCUAUGUGAUAGUGGCAGCCUUGGCAGGAACAAUUGCCGCAAGGCCCCGAGGAGUCUUUGCUAAAGUUACAUUUCCCGUGAUAACCGGUUUGGCAGCAUUCAAGUACUUUUUACCUGUAACAUUUGACAAUACGAGAGAGUUUACAUGGAAGUUGGAACAAAAGAAUGUUCCACAAGUAGCAAAACAACAAGCAGAGGCAUACAAUGGUGUUGUUGGAUUGGCCAAAUCAAUUGAAAAUGGUGCAGAGAAUGGUAUUAAACGCGUGGAAAAUGGAGCACAUUCUUUGAAACAGCGCAUUGCCAACAUCACGGGGCUCAACUUGGAUGAGGAAGUCUCAAAAAAGAAAUAG